UUCUUUUUGUAGUUAUUUGGAUUUGAUUCGCACCGGCAGAGAUAAAAUGUUUACUCAAUAUAGUUUAGUGAUUAAUGUUUGCAAGCCCUAAGGUGCUUUUAUUGUUAAUAAUUAGACGUGAAUUAUCCAACAGGAUUUCAAAAUGUUACAGCCUAAUUUACUUGAGAUAGUGCCUGAUCAAUUAUUUCAAAACUAUUUUAUCAGCGAAAUAGAUCAAGUACAGAAAAAACUACAAUAUGAAAUUGAAAGGAAGAGAGAAGAGUUACGCGCUAUGGUAGGGGAAAGAUACCGAGAUCUGAUCCAUGCAGCGGAUACUAUAGAGGAAAUGAAGACAACCACAGAAAGUACUCUAAACCACAUCACAGGUAUGAUGGAGACCUGUAAGAGCCUUCAUGAUACUCAUCUUGUUGGGUUUAAAGUUGAUAAAAAGCAGACACAUACUUCAAGUUUCAUCAAUGUAAACCCAAUGAAUGGUAUAUCAGUACAAGUGAAGAUGCUGAUGGAGAUUCCUGAGAAGAUUUGGAAAUGCAUUGAAGCUGAGGACUUCGUGAAGGCUACAAGGUUGUUUAUAAUGGCAAGGCAUAUCAACACUGGGCUCCAACUGCAAAUAGGCGGCAAGAAUGUGAAGCCCGGCAUGCAGUCCCUGCAGCGGCUGAUACAAACCCAGUGGAGUUCCAUCUCCAACUUCAACCAAACCAUCAUAGAUGUUUGCAGGCAGAGAUUGCAGGAUGUUGACAUCAGUGUAGAGGUGGCCAGUUCCUGCCUCACAAGCCUGUACAUCCUCGACUCCCAAAGCAUGGUGGAGCUCCUAAACACCUUCAUAAGUCUCCACAGCAACAGCAGCUUGAAGUCAACUCUGCAGUUUGAGCUACAGCACAUUCUAGAAGGAGAUGUUAAAGCGCAGAUCAAGGAGAAAAUUGUGAACGCUGUGAAAAUAGUUUUGAAGACUGUUGUUUUGGUAUACGCUUGUUUUGUUGAAAACAAUGGAGGAGCAGUGCUCACCAAGUUGAAGGAUUUGUUCCAAGUGGAUUCUGAGACUUUGGUUGAAAUAGUGCAGUUUAGUGAUCCGUCCGCGCUAAAACUUUUACCCCCUGUUAUCGCCAACUAUAGAUUAUCAUCAAACAAAGAAGUGCAAGAACUAGCAAGAGACGAAAUAACUACCUGCGUUCAAAAAUGGAGUGUAUGGGUAAAGUCCUUCAUAGAUGAGAGUGUGAAGUGUCUACUCCAAAACGUCACCAGGGUCAAAAUACUGCACGAGAUACGCGAAGAAGCAUUUAAGAUCGAAAUCCCCGAAAACUGGACCGCCAUAUGCUCCUCCCUGGACAUCCCAGAGGUCCACGUGUGGUGCCAUUACUUCCAACCACUCCUCACCGCUCGAGUCAAGAUCAUCAUAGACAACAGAUGGACUAAAGUCUAUGACGCCUUUAAAACGCAGAUUCUGGUCGAUUUGACUCGAUCUGUGGAUAACGAGGGGGAAAUUGAUAUAAAUUGGUUCGUGUGGAAGGACCUUAUUGGGGAUACUGUUAUAGAGUCGAGGAAUGAAGUUAUAAAGGUCAUGAAUUCACUUAUGAGAGGCAUGUCCCUCCAAGAUCGCGGUUUCACGACCAACUUAGAGAAGCUCUGCCAAGACUUAGACAGCGAGUUGCAGAAACUUCUAGAGGACCUCAGAGUCUACCUGUACCAGGACAAGAAGGGGACAAUUCAGGAGAAGCUGUUGUUCACGUAUGAGGAUAAGGAGGAUCUCGCGCAAAUGUAUAGUGAUAGAGAGGAGAUUGAAGUCUACUUGAUGGAUACGGCGGAUAGUAGUAUUGAAAGUAUGCUCCAAUACAUAAAAGUGUGCUUCGAAGAGCCAGCACUCCAAUCAUCAGAAACCCAAAGGAAAACAACAGCAAUAUACACCGCCCGAUUCAUCCAAGCAAUUCCCAUCAUUAUGCUCAACCUACGCAAGUGCUAUAUUCCUGAAGUAACUUCUCUUACUAUUGAUGAAAAUGGGUUGAAAAGAUGGAACGACCUGUGUGGGAUUUUGAAGCAGAAUUGUUUGGUUUGUUGGGGGAAGUGGAUAGAUAUAGUGAUGGAGAGAGUGGAAGAACUGACUAAGGAUCUACCUCAGGAGUUUACGUUGGAAGCGAACGUUGAUUAUUUGAUGAUGCAAUGGGACGUCAUAAAAAUAGAAGAAAAAGACGAUGAAGGCCAAAUUAUUGAGUCCACAAUCAAAGUCCCGGCCGGGCCAUCUUUAAAAGUACAAGAAUACCUCUACGCCGUCAGCAGAAUACUCGAUGAAGUCGUACCCCAUACUUUACCAGUAGAAAUCCACACCUUAUUUAUAGAGAAAAUCACCACUAUCACUUUCGCACACUAUAAUAAAGUGAUAAGAGAGAAAGAGGCAGACAUAAAUCAGAGGUGUGCGCUUCAGUUACUGAUGGACAUUCGACAUUUGACCUUAUUGCUUGUGGCGCGAGAGAAUAAGAAAUCUAUGGAUUUUUCUCAUGAAAUUUGCGAGUUUUUAAGGUCGAAAAUUGAUCCUUUCGACUAUGAUGUCUUCUAUCCUUACGUGCAGACUAAUUUGAAGAGAUCCGUGCAAAGAGUCCAGACAUUGCUAGGCAGUGUGAUCCUCCAGCACGGGCAGCUGUCGGGUAUAAUCGGGCCCUUGCCCGUGUCGUCGGGCGGCAGCGGCGACCGCUGCGCGGCGCUGCUGGCGGCCGGCCGGGCGCACUGGUUCUCGCUGCUGCCCGUCGCCACGCAGCCCAGCCGAGAGAAACAAGACAAGCCGAUGAAGAAAAAGCCAAUGACGUCGGCGAGCCCCAACAAGCCCAGAGCGGACAUCUCUGACCUGACGUCAUCAUUGCCCAUAAACUUCGCUAACGCCCGUUCUGGCGCAGCGUCGUUCUUUAACUCGAUGACUUCCGACUGGUUCAGCGGGUCUUAAGAGCCAACAGGAGCUGAGCGAAUUCUCAAUUUUGAGAUUUCAAACUGAUUAUCUCCGUCGCGCUGACGGGGGCGGCGCCGCCAUAUCCCCGUGUGUGUGGUGCACGCACACAGACGCGCACGUCAUUUGCGCUCACGGACCUUAUGCCUGCAAGUCGCGUCGCGGUCGCGGCCCGCUAUAUAGGCAUAUCAUAGGCUAUAGCUAGUUCUUACAAACUUUUUCUGUUAGCUUAGCUCGCUACCACCACUGAGCGUUUACUUAUUUCCUGUUAUUGUGAUUUAACUUCUUGAUUUUAGGUAGCUGAAUUCAAUAUCCUUCUACAACCUGCAAUCCAAAUAACAUUUUGACUUUUACAGGAGAGUAAAAAACAAUCAUUUCUUUUCUCGUUUCCGUGCGGAAAGUAUCAACUUUCGACACGCUGUGCUAUUAGUACCUACAUUGUGCAACGAGGGGGGUAAGUGAGAUUUUGUAAAGGAGGAGUUUACAAUAUUCUUACCCCCGGAGUUACACACAAUGGUUUUCGUUACACUUGUGAUGAAAAACUAAAUUUUCAGGGAAAUAAUUAUAAAAUACGGUGACAUUUCAAAUAUUCGUCCGCCAUAUUGUCAUUUCUUGACAGGUUAGGCAUCUAAGGCACAGACCUUCGGCAUUCAGCCACGAUUGAAAAUUUUGUGUAAAAAUAUUUUAAACGGCUAUUAAAUUAAUCCAAUUAAAUAUUAUAAACAAAAAUACUAAAUUAUAAUUGUCAGUAUUUUAGAAGUAAAACUCCCUUACACACCCUUAUACUUUAAACAAAGUAUUUUACUUAUAACUUACUUGGUUCGUACUUCGUAUGAAUUAGUGACAUAUCUAAUUAAAAAAAGAAAGCUAUAACUCCCGCGGGAACAAUAUAGGCCUUUUGUUUUCCCUUCAGUACACCUGCAUGAAAUAAGAUCUUUUCGAGCAAGUGUGAUGAAAAACAAAUUUGUCGCUCUCCGGCUUCGUUGAUUAGAAAAAACGAAAGCCUCAGGUUAGAUAAAAUUAUCAUAACAAAGAAACAUGUGACAUGAGAUAUUUCUUACGUUGAUGUAAUUAUACAGUUUUAUUAAU